GUCCUCCCGGACCUCUCUGCUCUACUGCUAUCUCAUUUCGUAUAUGUUAUUUUCUGAUCUAGCUAGUUCUGUUCUGCUCCCGAGUUGUGUGCAACUGAUCUGCUAAAUGCCUGUGCUCUACUCUAUUCUACUGUGUUCAGUUCUGCUCUAUGCAACUUAGGUCUAUGCUGAGUUUUGCCCUGCUUCAUUCUGUUCUGAUGUGUGUUCUACUGUGAUGUGGAGCUCCUUUAUAUUCUAUUCUGGGCAGUUGUGUCUCUGCAUUGGAAAGCAUUGUGCAGCCUCAUCAAAAUGCAUCAGAUAUGUUAUACUGCACAACUGUUCUUCCCCAAGUAAAACAUUUCUCAACUGGUAAUAACUCCAUAUUGUCAUUAAUUGAGAAAUGUAUUCAUUGAUUCGUUUUUACUCGUUUGUUGUGAAUGUGAAGCACGGGUUUUAUGCUUUUGAUUCCCCAGCACUGUUUACUGUUUUUGUUAUUAAUUCACUAUUUUCAUUAGCUCCAGUACAGUUGAUAUAUAAAGCAUCUAAUUCCGGUCCAAACAGAGGUUCACAUAACAAUGUCUUUGAAGCUUUUGAGCUCCACCCACAAUACCACCACCAACACCCAAUUGGAAAAACAGAGAAUUUACUCAAGGCAAUGUCACUAUCCCUUCAGUAAUGUUUCAGCGCCCCCUAGUGGUUAAUUGUCAGAUUAGAUUAGAGAAGGUUACUGCAGACCAAUAACUUUGCCAUACAGGAAGGCCCUCAAUUUAGACUGCUUUCCCUCCCAUAAAACGCACACGUAGUCUGUUAAAGCAUGGGAACUUCAAGUAAGUGUAUUGUGAACGGACCAAAAGAGAAUAAGCUCAAAUUGUAAUCCAUCACUCUAUUUCUAUGCUAGUGCCAUAGUGUUACACCCAAUAUGUUCAUCUCUACCUGUACUUCUCCAAUCAACUCUUUAAAAACCCACUGCCAGAAUCCAACCAUAGUAUUUGGUCUGUAAUCGAUACUGGUAGCUCCUCAAACAUGACUGGGUGCACUUUAAAAUAGAAAACAUUGGCUAAGGAAGCUGGCAAUAUCCCCUGCUUAGACAUUAUAAAGGGGUAAUAAGAACUUCUGGCAAGUCUUACAAUGCACUACAACUGUAUUCUUAGCAUUAUUCCUUUCAGCUCUACUUAGUGAUGCCAAUAUUUUUUUUACUAUAGUUUUCUUACUUUUUCUCAUUUAGUUUCCUAGUUAUUGCUGACUUCAUGUGUGGCUCGCUAUAGUAUUUUACUUCAGGUUAUUACAGUAAACGAGAAAUCCCUCAAUCUGCCGUAUAAUUUUCAGAUUCACAUAAUUUAAGUAGUACUGCCAUUGCCUUGGGGUUUUGUUAGGAGUUUAUUGGUAUCCAGAAGUCCUGAUUUGAUGGGUUUGACUCUGCUUCUCCUUUAGCUGGCACAUGUCCCCCACACACCCCCUGGCUGCCUGUGUGUGUUGCCUGGUUCCACAAACUGCUUUCUUUUUUUCGCUCCAGGUCAAGUCUGUCAUCAACCUCCUGUUUGCCGCCUACACCGGAAACGUCUCAGCACUAAGGAGUUAUCGUCCAUCUCGUGACACUGCUGACCUGUUUCUGUCUGUCUGCAGAUUUGCUCUGUCCUCCAUGGACAUGGAGCAGAGGGACUAUGACUCCAGGACGGCUUUACAUGUGGCUGCAGCAGAAGGACAUGCAGAGGUGGUGCGCUUCCUCUUGGAGGCGUGCAAAGUGAACCCUGUUCCCAUUGAUAGGUGGGAUAAGACCCCAAUGGAAGAGGUCUUGCAUUUUGUCCAUCACGACAUGGUCACCAUCCUCCAGGACUAUCAAAACAAGUACAACCCACAAGAGGCCCCCAAGAAGGACAACGAGACAGCAGAGAACAACCUGGGCGGCCUGCUGUAGUGUAGACAUCCAAGCCAGUUGAUGGCGCCACGCUGCUUUUGUAUCCUCUCUAUUAGACUGCUGUUUCUUUGGUGGGAUAAACACUUUAUGGAGUGACUUUUGUCGACUUUGUAUGAUGACUUUAUUUCUGAACUGUGUGUUUGAUUAAAUGUGUUUGACAUUUUUUAUACUCUUUUGUUUUACUGUAAGUGUUUUGCUUGACCUUUUGUUGUGUGAUUUGGUGACGGUGUUGCUUAUUUUUGCUGUAUCUUUCCUCUUUCGUCCUCUAGUCUUUCCCUCACCAAGUGUGUGUGUGUGUGUGUGUGUGUGUGUGUGUGUGUGUGUGUGUGUGUGUGUGUGUGUGAGAGAGUGAGUCCCAAAUCGAAGUGCAGAAUCUGAUUGAAUCUUUGUGACAUUGGUGUGCAAUAUAAAGUGAUAUUAUUAUACAUAUGCUGCUACAUGUACAUUGUAUAUUUAUGUACUGUAUAAAGUAAAUAUAUUUCAUGAUAUCAAGUACCAAUACUUAAUAUAAUUCAAUGUAGUAGUUUAGCAGUUUGGUAUUUUUCCUGGAGGGCCACAAUGUGUAGUAAUCUUUGGCCAAACCAGGCACACUAGAGUCUAUGGAGCGAAAUGAUGUUGAAUCUGAAAUAUAGUUUAUGUUGGCACUAAUAUCACUCCAUAACAUUCUAGCUAUUUGUCUUGGUUAAUGCCUGGUUGGAAAAAAUGAAACAGACUGUAGCUCCUAAAGACAUGAUGGGCUACCACUUGGGUAGAAGCACUAUAUGGUCCUGUAGCCUACUUUGUCACAUGUAAACAAGUUUAGGAUGCCAAGUGUUACCAAACAUCCUACGCUUCCACUAGUCCCAGUCAAACUUAUCUUGACCUUUAUCAACCCUACUGCAUAUGCCAUUUAGUUUUCAUUUCAAUUUCAUUUUAUUGUACUUUGUUUGGGUAGGCACAAGACACUUUUAAAAAAAAGGUGUAUA